AUGCCUGAAGGUGGAUGCAUGUGCGGCAAUGUCCGCUAUAACAUCAUCGGCGAGAGCGAGGCAAACAUCCUCUGUCAUUGCUUGGACUGCCGCAAAAUCGGUGGAAGCACGUAUUCCAGUAACAGUCUUUACUCCGCGAAUGGUUUCAAGGUCACCAAAGGAACUCCAAAGCAGUACAAGAAGGUUGCGGAUGGCGGUAAUGAUAUCGUUUCCAACUUCUGCGGUGAUUGCGGUAGCACCAUGUGGCGCGAGGGAGACACCUUCAAAGGCAAGUUGGUUGUGAAGGUCGGAACACUGGAUGACACCAGCGUUCUGGACAAUCUGAACCCUCAGGUUGAGCUUUAUACGCCAGCGAGGCCUAAAUGGGUUGCUGCUAUAGACGGAGCCGCGCAAAAGAAUGGCAUGUCUUGA